AUGCUUGUGGAUAGAGCACACAGCCUUCCGCUGGGCACCACCAUACGUGGGUUCACAGUUGUGGAGAGUGAGUACGUAUCGGAGACAAGUACCCAACUCAUUAAGCUGAUUCACGAACAGUCUGGCCUCACCGUCUUCAAGCAUAUCCCACAAGAUGCCAGCUACACAGAGAACAGCGCAAACAUUGCAUUCGCGACGUUUGCAUCUGAUGAUAAGGGCCUCCCGCAUAUAACAGAGCAUUCCGUCUUCUGUGGGUCCGAGCUUUAUCCCCACAAGGAUCCCUUCAACGAGGUGACCAAGACGUCUCUCAAGGUUUACAACAAUGCGUUCACGGCGCAAACUCACACUGUCUACGAGUUUGCCUCUCGCUGCAAGCGAGACUACUUCAACAUUCUGUCUGUGUACUUAGACGCUGUCUUUCGUCCCGCCCUGCUUAAAGACCCGCGCAUCUAUGCCCAGGAAGGUUGGCACCUGCACCUCGAGACAGAAGAUGGCGAGAUUGUCCAGUCUGGAAUUGUCCUCAACGAAAUGAAGAGCCGUUGUGCGUCACCCUCCACUGUUCUUGUGUAUAAUCUCCAGCGCCUCCUCUAUGGUGGUACUGCAAUGGGCUACGAGACGGGAGGCCUGCCAGAUGCAGUGGUUACAGGCACUCACACGGAUAUAGCUGAGUUCUACAAGCGUUUCUAUUACCCUGGGAACUGUGUCAUUGCUUUCCACGGGAAUAUUCCUCUAGAAGAUGAGCUUCGGGCAAUUGUGGAACCAUACUUGCUUGAUUAUGUCGGCGGAGAAGGCCCUGCCUUAUCAAAGCGGUCUCCACCUACCCCAAUCCUAUAUAGAGACCAGCCUAAUUUACCAGAGCUAACGAAGGAUGAGGUCUCUGCACAGGCGCGCGUCUCCAGCCGGUCUGCUCGCCGAGUCCGUUUCGUAGAGUACGGCGUGUCCAAGGAGACAAAAGCCUUGAAAAAGGAGGGAAUAAUAGGCAGGAUUUACUAUCUCUUCGACCUCCGUGACGCGACGCCCCUCUUGCUUCUCUCCGUCCGUGUGCUGGACUACAUCCUUUUUGAUCAGACGUCGAGCCCUGUGCCAGAGAGCCUUCAGUCUUCUUCGCUUUGCAAAUCUUGCUAUUCCAUGUUAGACUGUACUGAGCUGCAGUGCACUCUCUACUUGUCUUUUCUUGGCUGUGAGCACACAGAGGAAGGGUACCUUGCGCUUAUCAGCGCAUACGAGGACCUCUUGACUGAGCUUAUGUCUCCCGAGAGGGAUGGUCAAUACUAUCGCUUCCUCUCUCCCCAAGCUGUUGACGCCGCACUGAAUCACAUUGAGCUCGAGUACCGGGACAUCAGGCCGUAUUCUGGCCUUGGGGUAAACAAUCGCACCAUUAGCGCCGCUCUAGCAGGCUGUCCCAGCACUACGCGAUUGCUCUAUGAGGAGCCCCUGCGAGAGCUUCGCAAGCUGGUGAUAGACGGUACCGUAACAGAGUAUCUCUGUGGCGUUCUGGCUAAGUAUCUUACCGCUCUAAACCCCCAUCAGGCCGAUGUUGUGCUAGUGCCCAUUCCAGGGUAUCUUGAGCAGUGUGAGGAGGCAACGCAACAGCGUCUAAGAGCUCUCAAGGCAUCCAUGUCGCCUGAAGACAUACAGGCCCUGAUUUCUAACACCAAGAGUCAGAUUCGCCGCGCGCUGGAACCAACUCCACAGGAGAUAAACGAGCUACUUCCCAUGCUGAGGAUUGAAGAGAUAGACGCUGUCAACACAGAUAUGUUCAAGGCCCAGUCGUUCCUUCACUACGAUCUGAGAGUGAGCCCUCACCUCAUGCCUGUCCUAUACUGUCAUACUGGCGAGCAAGGGAAGAAUCUGACCUACCUCGAAGUGUGUACGGAUAUUACAGACAUGUGCGACCUUGAGACUCUUCCCCUCCUCUCUCUUCUUGCCAAUCACAUCCUAGGCGAGGUUGCUACCACCUCAUACAAGACAGUUGAAAGCUUGCACAGGGCAAUUGAUUAUUACACUGGGGACUUCUCCAUCUCCUUAAAAGCAGAAGAUAUCCCCCCAUUCCUCCGGGACGUGAAGCACCCCACCUCUCAGACAUGCACAUCUAUACCAUCAAGAAUUUAUAUGAGCAUAAGUGCAACUUGUAAGGACACAGAUACAGAAGCAGUUCUACGACUCAUAUUCCACGAGAUCUUGGGCGGCUCAAUUGUGGGCCUUACAAACCCUCGCGUGCUUCUCCGCCUACUUCACGAGUUCUGGAUGUCUCUCAGAGAGGAUAUAGUGGAAGGAGAUGGUCACUUGGUGGCAAGCAGGCGGGCCAGUGCUGUGUGCGGUCGCCUUACGUCCUUCGUAUAUGAACUAGCGUCGGGGCCAUCUAUGUACAACUGGCUCAGCAAGUUUCUCAGGGACACCCUUGCAGAUCAUAGCUCCGGAACCGGCAGCUUAGAAGAUGGCAGCGGGGCCGCAGAAGAAGAGAUUUGCCAUAGUGACAACUCCUUUGAGGGAGAUGAUAACGAAGAUGAAGACGACGCUUUCCUAGACAAUGAUUCCACAAAGCAAGAGCUCUGUCUCCUCGGAGAGCAGCUGGCAGCUCUUCUUGCCAAAAUGUGCGCUCGCCCGGAGCUCUUUCUCGUCUGCGUUGGUCAGCGCAUCUCAGACCUAGCUCCUUACGUAGCAAAGACCAGGUAUGCUCCAGAGGACAUGAGGAAGAUCCAAUCCAUCUUGGCACAGCAUACAUUUAAUGCCGAAUUGCUCCGUGUAGUUGACAACUCGUAUUCUCUGAGGCCGGGGAAGCUGAGUCUAUGGGUGAAGAGGCGCAACACUUGUCCACUGGCUGAGCAGUUUAAUCGCUUGCUGACAUGGUAUCGUUGCGAGGAUCAGUCUCUGCCCUUGGACGCUGACUUGGCCGACUACUCUGGUGUCUUUAAUAGCCUAGCGAUCCCAAGCGACGUCUCCUAUGUUGCUCGCGCAUAUCUGCCUUCUCUGGCUGAAAACCUGGCCAUAGGAAGGAGCCACUUGUCUGGAAAUAUACCGGCAAAGUACCUCUCUCUUCACAUCAUCGAAAACGUAUACUUAUGGGACAAUGUCAGGAUAAAGAACGGCGCAUAUGGAUGCCUGCUAAAGCUCCGUCUCAACGGCUCCGCUAUACUCUUCUCCUAUGAUGACUCCAGAGUGGUUGAGACUAUUAAGAUAUAUGAUAAGUUAUCAGAGUCAGCAGAAGAGCUGUACGGUAGCCUAGAUAAGCGAACACUAGACGGUUACAAGAUAGGGUGUCUCAGCGCCAACCAGAUCGGGAUUUCGCCCAAAGAAAUCUUUAAACAGGCCAUUUACUAUUUCAUGGCAGGCUACUCUGUUCGCAGGCAUUACCGAGAGAUAAAGCAAACCCUCCGUGUGACCAAGGACGCCCUCAUGAAGGCUCACGAAUACUUCUCAAAUCUAUCAUCCGCGCCAUCUGUUAUUGUAGGAUCUGCCUCCUCAUGCAGGGAUGCAUUUGCCAAGGGGCUGAUCCGUAAAUACGACGUCUUUGAGUGA